AUGGGUAACACUUAUUACUCGGGAAGGGGACGUGGCUGCAACCCAGUUGGAGCGAUACUCGGCCGGCUGCACUGCCAGGACGAUUGCGAAACACAGCACGACGAUGACUCAGACAGGCACCGCCCAUGGGAGGGAGACAGGGCCAAUCGGAGGCGAGUGGUGACGUGUGGUGCAGAGGACACUCCUGCAUCAGCCGAGUCUUGUCGAUGCACUGCUGGACGGCCAGUAGAUGACGGACGAGAUCUGCCUACACCAUACGUGAUGAAGAACGCUCGUUACCAAGUGAAAUACCGCACGGUGCUCUCCCAAGCGACCAGUUAG